ACUCAGCUCUUGUCCCCGACCGCAUUAGUUGAUGCUCAUUAGUAGCUAAUGAUAGAUGUUCGGACAUCAGUUACCUCUUGACCACCAAGAAGGACGUUUCGUAUCGGUUGUUCUGCUAUCGGAGAAUCGGCAAUAAGGAAAUAACGACACGAAAGAAAAACGCAGACAUUUCAACAUUAAAUAAUAUUCUCCAAGUGAUAUGAAAUUAAGACUCGAGAAAGGAUACGAUUUUGAGAACGCGAUAGCUCACGUUGGUUAUGGAAAAUAUCAAGGACUCUUGCUGGCCGUUUGCGGCACGAUUUAUGCCGCAUGCGCGAUCGGGACGACAACCCUUUCCUUCGUACUUCCGUCCGCGGAAUGCGAUUUCAAGUUAACAUCCGCCGACAAGGGGCGGCUCAACGCGACGCCCCUCGUAGGCAUGGUUGUGGGCUCCUACAUUUGGGGAAACAUAGCAGACGCUGUUGGUCGUAAAUGGGGCCUUAUAGCGGCCUUGCUUAUGGAUUCGAUGGCCGCUCUGGCGUCUAGUGUCGCCCAGUCUUUCCCCCUCUUCCUCUUCUUCCGAUUCUUCAACGGUUUCGGGAUCAUCGGAGCUACCAGCAUCGUCUUUCCCUACUUCAGUGAAUUCCUAGCCGCUAAGAAUCGCGACGUGAUGCUGUGCAGGCUCGAAGUCUUUUGGACCAUCGGCGUCAUCAGUCUGCCAGGGAUCGCUUGGAUAGUGAUACCGCACAGCUGGAGACUCGGCAGUGUCGACACCUUCUCCUUCACCCCCUGGAGGAUGUUCGUGGCCCUCUGCGGUGUGCCCAGUCUGACAAUGGCUAUGAUCCUUCUCCUGUUCCCGGAAAGUCCGAAAUACCUAAUGACGCACGGGAAGAUGGACAGAGCAUUGGUCGUCAUGGAAGGAAUGUUCGCUAUCAACACCGGAUUGGAUAAGUCUGAUUAUCCGGUGAAAGCUCUGGUCAACCCGGGUCAAAUACACAGGGCGAGCACGAAACACGAGCCGCGUUUGCGAAAACUCACGAUUCGUCUGGGUGCGAUGUGGCGUCAGAAGAAGCAGCUCUUCUCGCCUCCGUAUCUGCGUUACAUCGCCCUGACAUGCUUCGCCGAUUUUGGAUUGAUGUUCAGCUACUACACCCUGAUGCUCUGGUUCCCGGAGCUCUUCGAGCGGUUCGGCCAGUUCCAGGAAGUCCACCCGGACCAGCCGGCUGGAGUCUGCGACGUGACGUCGAUCGUGGUCCAGGGUGCGCAUAACGAGACGACGAUAUCGGCGAGCUGCGACAAGCCGAUUGACGACAAGGUCUUCCUCUACACCGUGAUAAUCGGUUUAUCCUGCAUACCGACCUCGAUCUCGCUCGGCCUCUGCAUCAACAAACUCGGAAAGAAGUUUCUCCUGAUCUUCAGCUUCAUGGCUGCCGGUUCUGCAGCUCUGGGACUAAAUUUGGUCAAGAACCUCACCCAGACCCUGAUUCUUUCCUGCAUAUUUGAAGCCCUGACCAGCACCACAGAGGUCAUAAUAUUCUGCGUGAUAGUCGAGCUGUUUCCCACCAGCCUUCGAGCGUUGGCUAUGUCGUUGACGGUGACUUCCGGUCGUCUCGGAGCGAUUGUUGGAAACGUAGUUUUCGGGGCACUUAUUGACCUGAACUGCAUCAUUCCGAUUUACACGUUCGCCGGGCUUUUGAUAUCUGGCGGAUUUCUCUGCAUGUUGAUACCUAGCAAGGGUCAAAUAGUACCUUCGCUAUCUUCGCCCCCGAUGACGCCGUUGGGAAGUUCAUUUAAGAUGGACACUUGCGACGUCCGGUAGUGAGAGGCUCAGCAGGCCGGAAGCUGAAGAAAAAUCCAGUAAUGACAAGAAGAGAAAAAAGAAAAAAAAUGCACCAGAAUCAGAAAGGAAGUGCGGAGUGCUCGAAUUGACUCGGUCAAGUUUACUCGGUGAAUUUUAAAGUAAAAGAAUUAAAAAAAAAUAAAUAAAAAUGAACUGUACAAUAACCAAAUAUAUAAUAUAAACGGUGAGAUCGAAUCUCCGAUCUAAUCGCUAUUCGCGAGAUCGCGUCAAAAAUUGAAGUAAUCGGCACUCUAUAUAUGUAUAAUAAACAUAUCGUGCCUCUCUUGUUUUUAAAAUUAAUUUCAAACGUCACUGAGUCAGUCGAGAUCUCGUAUGUCGCAAAUAACUGCACUGCUAC